UGUUGCGUACCCGUCGGUCCCCCGAUUAGAAACACCCCACAUAGACUCAGAUAUUUUUCGGCCGAAAAAGACCCGACCUGUCUGUUUUCUCAAGUCUAGUUCGAGGCCGUUAUUUUUAUUUAGGUCUAAUUUCCCCUUCAUAGUUGAUCAAGUUUUCUGGUACAUUACUGGAACGAUGGCCAGAUUAAUUUCUCUCUACCGGGAUGAUGCCCCAUCACCUUUAGGCAGGAGGGAACUCCCUCUUCCAUUUGAUGAAAAUAUUUCUAUGGUGAUGAAGUUGCCUGAAUUGAAUUUGACCCGUUUACCUUCUUGCUUGAAAGGCUCUGAGAAUGAUGCAUUUGUAGACAAACGAAAGUUGCUGACAGUAGCAGAGAUGAAUGAUUCCAUGAAAGUCUCUAGCCAGGAAGUGUUAGAGCUUAUUGGGCCCAAUGUCCCAUGUGUUGGUUGCAGGAGAAGUGUUGAGAGACUGUUUCAUGAACUUGUAGCAUCUGGACAAGAUGCCUUGUAUCCUGUUACAUUAUCUCCAAGUGGUUCUUUGGGGCUAGCUCCUGAGGUUAUAUCUUCUUCAUCUAAGCUUUUUAUCUUGUUAAAGUAUUAUGGGAGCCGACUUAGCACAAUGGCCGAGUCAAUUACGACCAAGUCCCGUCAAAAUCGAAGAUGUCCAUUGCACUCAUUAGAUGCGCAUAGAGCUCGGCCUUCUGGUGUGAAUUGGCGCCCACUGUGGGAUUCAAUGGCUCAGGAAUGCAGGGAAGAGUUAACUUUGGUGGAAGCCAAUACUCUACUUGAUACAUUAGAGGCAUAUCUCCAGAAGCACCGAUUUUGUCCAGAAUGCCGUCUAAAGGUUCUGCGAGCAUACAGUCUUCUGGUAGGAGAGGUCGAGCCUACAGAAGAAAAGGGUUACAAGCCUCUUUUAUAUCUCGGUCUAAAAUGCUGUCCGGCGGAAAAACAUAUUCAUGUCCAGUGCAAUGCAGAUUUGAUGUCUUUGCUCAUCGCCAGGGCUGAACCUGAACUUGUUGGAAGUUUCCGUCGAGAGAGACAUGCUAAGACGAUGGAAGUUGCUCAGGAAGAAGUUGUGACUUGCGUGGGAAUUUGCUUGCUAGAACGGCUUCAGAGAGUCGCGCAGAGGCUGCGAGAAGAGGAGCAGAUGGUGGAUAUGCUGCAGUUUGCGUCCUUGCAGGCGUUGCGUCGAUCAUUCGAAAUGGCUGUGGAAUCUAAACGAGGAGUCUCUCAGCUUGAACUACUGUGUGAAGAGCUUAGCCGUGAAGAGGCUGCUCAGAAGCAACGGAAAGAAGCAAAGAAGCAGAAGCGUAAGAAGCGGCGUGGAAAGAAAGAUAGUAUUUCAAGUUCCGACAACAUUUGUCGAAGCGAAAAAGAUUACGACAAUGAAGAUGAUGUGGAGGAAGAUGCCGAUGAAGAGAUUCUCCCAGCCCUUGUUCCCCCACCGCCAACUUGUCAUCGUUCUAUUAUGGAAUCAAGCCGGUCGCCCAGUCGUGAAAACUGUCCUUGCUCGGCUUCUGACGCCAAGCAUUCCAGCGGCCCUGGACAAGCUCCUUUCGCAGCACAGCCAUCUUUCGUAAAUGGUCGCUCUCGCAAGUGCCCACAAGAAUCUGGAUACUCUUCAACCAAUUCGAGCAAUUUGACUACCCCUGAAGGAUCUGACGUUGCGUGUACUGAAGGACUUUGUAACCACCAUUCAGGUUCUCCUGUGCAGUGUCGUCCAAGCCCGAGUCCAGUCCCUGAAGGCCUUUCAGAAGACCACUGUAACUGCGAUGAUAUCGAAUACGAAAAUCCUGAAACGAGAGCUAAUUUGAGCCGUGCCAGUAGAUGUCCCAUUCAUAUCAGAUUACGUGAAAACUGUCGUAACGGUCGAAGUCUGCAACAAAUGCUCGAAGAAUGGCACGUAAAUUCAGAUGACGAUGACGAAGGUGAAGAGGGAUUUAUUCCGUUGGAAGAAGUGCAAGCGUUUCGCAAGCAACAACAACAUUAUAACGAACAACGUCGCCAGCUACGAAAUGACUUACGCCUAAAGUUUGAUCAGCUUUGUGGGCGUGUUCAGAAUCAGUCCCAAUAGAUUCAAGAAAACAAAAAUGGAGCGUAGCCCGUUCGUGCCUCUCGCCUUCGUUGGUUAUCACAAAUAAAAAAAAAAAAUGAGAGGCAUUGUUGGCGUUGUUUAUGGGCAAAUAAACGAGUGCGUUCAUCACGAGUUCGCGCUCCCUCCAUAUUUUUUCAACGAAUGUUUUUUCUCUUCAUUCGUUUUCUUUACAGUUCAUGUCUUUAUGAGGCACUCUUAGUAUGCCCUUUUCGUUUUUCUGUAUUUGUCAUUUGCUAACACUGGGGACAAAUGUACUAUUCAAAUCAGAAA